AUGACAUCCAACUGCUUUGUCGCCAAUAGCUCACCGGCCUCCGUCAAGAGCGGCACCUGGCCUUCCUCUGUCUGCUCCAGCAGCAUGAGCUGCCGGCCCGAGCUGUGCCUGGGCUAUGUCUGCCAGCCUGUGACCUGCAUGCCUUCUACCUACAUGCCAACCACCUACCGGCCAUCCAGCUGUCUCCCCAAGGCCUACCUGCCUAGCUCCUGCCGGCCUAGCAGCUGCCGGCCAGCCACUGGCAUCUCCAGUUCCAUAGGUCCCUGUGGCUGGUAUGGAGAAGGUAGCUUCAACGGCAACGAGAAGGAGACCAUGCAGUUCCUGAAUGACCGGCUGGCCAGCUACCUGGAGAAGGUGCGGCAGCUGGAGCGGGAGAACGCGGAGCUGGAGACCAAGAUCCAAGAGACCUGCCAGUCUCAGGUGCCCACCUUGUGCCCGGACUACCAGUCCUACUUCCGCACCAUCGAGGAGCUGCAGCAGAAGGUUCUGUGCACGAAGGCAGAGAACGCCAGGAUGGUGGUGCACAUCGAUAAUGCCAAGCUGGCUGCGGAUGACUUCAGGACUAAGUACGAGACGGAGCUGUCCCUGCGGCAGCUGGUGGAGGCCGACAUCCACGGCCUGCGCAGGAUCCUGGACGAGCUGACCCUGUGCAAGUCCGACCUGGAGGCGCAGGUGGAGUCCCUGAAGGAGGAGCUGCUGUGUCUCAAGAGGAACCAUGAGGAGGAAGUCGGUACCCUGCGAUGCCAGCUUGGAGACCGCCUUAACAUUGAGGUGGACGCUAUGCCCCCUGUGGAUCUCAACAGGAUGCUGGACGAGAUGCGGUCUCAGUAUGAGACCGUGGUGGAGAGGAACCGCAGAGAUGUGGAGGAGUGGUUCAACACGCAGAUGGAGGAGCUUAAUCAGCAGGUGGCCAACAGCUCUGAGCAGCUUCAGAGCUACCAGUCGGACAUCAUUGAUCUGAGGCGGACGGUCAACACGCUGGAGAUAGAGCUGCAGGCCCAGCAUAGCCUGAGGGACUCUCUGGAAAACACGCUGAUGGAGACGGAGGCCCGCUACAGCGCCCAGCUGGCCCAGAUGCAGGGCCUGAUCACCAACGUGGAGGCCCAGCUGGCGGACAUCCGCUGUGACCUGGAGCGGCAGAACCAGGAGUACAAGGUGCUGCUGGAUGUCAAGGCCCGGCUGGAGGGCGAGAUCAACACGUACCGGGGCCUGCUGGAGAGCGAGGACUGCAAAUUGCCUUGUAACCCCUGCUCUACUCCUCCCGGCCCACCUUGUGCCCCUUGCCCGCCAUGUGUGCCCCGCACGGUCUGUGUGCCCCGCACGGUCUGUGUGCCUUGCACACCCUGUCCCCAAGGACGCUACUGA